CUUUGGUCGGAUAUGCUCUGGUACAGGAAGCGACUGAACAGCGGCCCAUUUUACUGUAAAACCCUGAAUUGGGAGUAUUUAUGUAGCAGGAUGGGUGUUGACUGUUUUUAAAUUUUAGUUUCUUGACUCAUCACAGCCAAUCCAUUUGCGAACAGCGGAUUUAUUGACGGAUUUCGCCCCGAAGGCUCGCGCUAUGGCAGCCGCAGCCCAGCUGUUCGAGGAGCCAUUUGAUGCUGAUGAGUACAUCGAGAGGCUGGCCUGGAGGACACCAGGCGGGGGCUCAAAGGGAGGGGCAGAGGCCUUCGAUCCUAAACGGCUGCUGGAUGAGUUCCAGAACCACAUCGAGGAGUUGAAGCAGCUGGAUGAACGCAUCCAGAGGAGGGUGGAGAAGCUGGAGCAGUCAUGCCACCGGGAAGCCAAAGAGUUCGCUCACAAAGUCCAGGACCUACAGAGGAGCAACCAGGUGGCGUUCCAGCACUUCCAGGAGCUGGAUGAGCACAUCAGCUACGUGGCCACUAAAGUGUGUCACCUAGGAGACCAGCUGGAGGGCGUCAACACCCCGCGGCAGAGGGCGGUGGAGGCCCAGAGGCUCAUGACGUACUUCAACGAGUUCCUGGACGGGGACCUGCGCAGUGACGUCUUCAACAACCCUGACAAGAUCAAGGAGGCUGCAGACAUCAUCCAGAAGCUGCAUCUAAUAGCACAAGAGUUGCCUUUCGACAGGUUUGCAGAUGUAAAGGCCAAAAUUGCAAGUAAGUACCAUGAUCUGGAGCGACAGCUAAUAAUGGAGUUCACCCAGGCCCAGCGCAACGGGGAGAUAGGACGCAUGCACGAGGUCGCCGCUGUCCUCCUUCACUUCAAGGGUUAUGCACAUUGCGUAGACGUUUACAUCAAGCAGUGUCAAGACGGCGCUUACCUGUCCAAUGAUGUGUUUGAGGACACAGCACGUCUGUGUCAGCGCGUCAACAAGCAAGUUGGGGAAGUGUUCAGCAGCCCAGAGACGGUCAUGGCCAAACUCAUUCAGAGCAUUUUCGAUAACCAAUUACAGGCACAUGUAAAGGAGAAGCUGGAUGAGGCCCGGCACUCUGACGUUGAGCAGUACCUCAAGAACCUCUAUGACCUUUAUUCCAGGACAGCACAGCUGACAAACAAACUGGCCGAGUUCAAUUUGGGUUCCGACAAGCACACGUUCCUGGCGCGGCUAACCAAGAACAUAUUCUCUGGCUACCUGGAGAACUACAUUGACAUGGAGCGCCAGUACCUGCAGAGCCGCAGUGCCAUGAUCCUGCAACGCUACUACGAGUCUAAGAACCACCAGAAGAGGCCGCUGGGGACAGGUAGUAUGCUGGAGCUGAAGGAGAAGAUUCGUCAGCGCACCAACCUCACCCUGGGUGCCAGCAUCGAUAUGCAUGGCGAGACGCUGCUGUCUCAGGAAGUGGUCGUCAACCUCCUGCAGGAGACGCGUCGUGCCUUUGAAAGGUGCAACAAGCUGUCCGAUCCGGCAGACCUUCCUAAGAACGCCUUCUCAAUAUUUCUCCUCCUGGUGGAAUAUCUGUGUGUAGAACACAUCGACUAUGCCCUGGAAAUCGGUCAUAUAGGGAUUCCUACUGGUGAUGCCAAAAAUGCCAACCUGUACUUUCUGGAUGUGGUUCAGCAAGCCAACACCAUCUUCCACCUGUUUGACAAGCAGUUCAACGAUCAUCUCAUGCCCCUUAUCAGCUCAUCGCCUAAGCUUACAGAGUGUCUACACAAGAAGAAGGAGGUCAUUGAACAGAUGGAAGUCAAACUGGACAGUGGCAUCGAUAAGACACUAAACUGCAUGAUGAACCAGAUGAAACAGAUCCUGGCAACAGAACAGAAGAAAACAGACUUCAAGCCGGAGGAUGAGAACAACGUCAUGAUCCAGUACACCACUGCGUGCUCGAAGGUGUGCACGUACGUGACGGGGCAGGUGGAGCGUGUGCGGCGGUCGAUGGACGGCAAGAACGUGGACACGGUGCUGGCGGAGCUGGGCGUGCGCUUCCACCGGCUGAUCCACGAGCACCUGCAGGGCUACCAGUACAGCUCCAUGGGCGGCAUGCUGGCCAUCUGCGACGUCGCCGAGUACCGACGCUGCGCUAAGGACUUCAGGGUGCCGCUGGUGCUGCAGCUGUUCGACACUCUCCACGCCCUCUGCAACCUCCUGGUGGUUGCCCCCGACAACCUGAAGCAGGUGUGCUCAGGUGAGCAGCUGACCAACCUGGACCGCACCCUCCUGCACGCCUUCGUCCAGCUCAGGGGAGACUACCGCGGUUCACGCCUCGCUCGCCAUUUCACUUAACUACACUACGCACACACACACACCCAACUGCCGCUUUUAAACCUGGUGCUGUUUUAGUCCCCCGCUUUAACGAAACACAAUGACUUUAAUCCCCAUUACAAACACUAAUGGAUAAUAAAUCAUAAUAAAUUAAUAUUCAUUAGAGAGGUGGGCUUAUGUCUUCAUGUUUUUUUUCCUUUGUUUGAUUUUGUUUUGUUUGUUUGGUUUUUAAACAUUGGUCACGCUGUUGAAAAUGUGUUGCUUUAUUUUGUGCCAAAACACUCCACUGAAUGAUGCAACUGUUGUGAGACGAGUAAAUGGCUUGGCGUGGUGAUCAUUCAUCUCGAUCUACAAGCAGUAGUCGAGACGCAAAGCCUCUGCCCCUUCCUAUUCAUGUUAAGGAUCCAUCUGGUCUCCUGUCUUGUAUAUUAUAAAUAAUGUAAUGACAUAAGACCAAUGGUUUUUAAUGUUACACACCAGACAGACUGAUUUAGUUGAAAAACUCUGGCAUCCAUCCCUAUGAGCAACAUGCGGUCAAAUUAUUUUCAAACUUUCAAACAUCACUGUUUCCCUGUUUCUCCUUGUGUUGCUACACAUUGUUUUUUUUUUAUUGAAACGUGUUAAUUAUGUCCUUUUUGAAUUGUACAGACUCGUUGCAAUGAAAUGAUGAGUAUCCCACUGAAGUUGUCAGUUUGGUGUCAUGAUCAGAUGAGGAGGUAGAGCCUCAUGAUUAAUAUGCUGAUUGAAUAUCAUUUGUAUAUGACUGAACACCACAUAACCUAUAACAUGACAAUGAAUGAAAUAAAACAUGAAUCUCAACAAGUCAA